AUGGGGGAAGUUGGUUUACUCCAUUCGGCAAUAGAAGAUAUGAAGGAGCCAUGGAUGGGGAACAUGAAGAGUUUGAUGCUGAUCAAUAUUCAGAGGAAUUUUAGGGUGCUGACUUUGAUGAACCUGAUGAAGAGGAAUAUGAAGAAGAGUUUGACUACAUGGAUUAUGAAAGUGAUAUGGAGAACCAAAAAUGAGAGGUGGUUGAGCUUUCAGAUUCAGAGGAUGAUAUUGUUGAGGAGAGCCAAGACAAAGUUCAGUGUGACAGAAAAAGGGAAAGGAAAACAAACUGGAAGUAGUAGAAGAGAGAAUGAUGAAGAUUUCAUAUUGGAGGAGGAAGAAUUUGAGCAAGAUGUUGAAGCUGAAAAAGAGAUGGAUGGUAUAUGUUCUGAGGAGGAGUUACAUGAAUUGAAGUUAGAAGAUGAGUUUGAUGCUGGUAAAAAUUCCAAAGAAUUCAACCUGAAAACCAAAAUGCAAAACUUUCAAUUUGUUCUUGGCAUGGAAUUUUCCACUGUUACAAUUUUAAGGAAUGCAAUAAGGGAGUACAUUAUUGAAGGUGAUCGAGAAUAUGUAUUUAUUUCCAAUGAUUCAAAUAGAAUUAGAGUUAAGUGCAAGGGUGCAAACUAUGAAUGGAUGUUGUUUGCAUCAAUAGUUAACAAGACAGAGGGCAAGACAAUGAGGGUCAAAACACUUGUUGACAAGCAUAGUUGUGGCAGUGUUUUGGACAAUAAAAAGCUGACCUCAACUUGGCUUGCAAAGCACUUUUGGGAGCAAUUUAGGCUAAAUCCGAGUAUGGAAUACACUGCAUUUAGGGAGAUCACCGCAAAGACCAAGUACUCACGUGUGUCUAGCUGGACAUUUUACAGAGCCAAGACAAAAGCAAGGAAGAUGUUAGAAGGGUCUGUCAAGGAGCAAUACGCCAUUCUUGAUGAUUACUGUAAAAGGUUGUUGGAUACCAAUCCUGGCUCUACUGUGAAGUUGAAAACUGAUUUGGUUAAUGGGAGAAGGACAUUUUAG